GCUGCGCCGGCGUCUGUCCAUAAAACCCUAAAACCUCCGGCUGAUCGGUUGGUGUUGAGGCGAGUGGAAGCUUCGAGUUUUUUUUUUCUUCCUUUUGGCUUACUGCGCAAGAAGAAGGGUAACAAGAGGACGGCGGCGAUGGCGAAGAGGCUGCUCCCAUCUCUGAACCGGGUGCUGGUUGAGAAGCUGGUGCAGCCCAAGAAGACCGCCGGCGGCAUCCUCCUCCCGGAAACAUCCAAGCAGCUGAAUGCUGCUAAAGUGGUGGCUGUUGGCCCUGGUGAGCGCGACAAGGCAGGCAAUCUGAUCCCAGUUGCUCUGAAGGAAGGUGACACUGUUCUCCUGCCAGAGUAUGGUGGAACUGAAGUUAAGCUUGCAGCUGAUAAAGAGUACCUCCUCUUCAGAGAGCACGACAUUUUGGGCACACUUGUGGACUGAUUCAGAGCAUCAGCAAGCCUGUCACUAGUCGUUGGUUCUAGACUUCUAGUGUGAGAUGCGUAGUAUCAGAUUCUGGGAUCAAAAUCCCUAAGAACUCUGAACUGUCGUGAUGUCAUAGAUUUUGUGAUGAAACAUCAUAAUUGCCUGCUUCUUGUUGCAAGCGAACUUUUGCGUUUAAAAUGGUUCCCUAAUAUUGUGUUCGCCACUCUGUCCCUGGUUGCAAUGCUCUCUAGUUUACGUUGGCUGUU